AUGUCCGGCGAGUUUACCUGCGGACGCUGUUUGCAGGCUCUCCGUCGAUCCAUUGCAUCCUCUAGGUCUUCCUUACGAUCACCCCAUUCUCUCAAUUCACGACGGAGUUAUGGCUCCUCGGUUAACUUGACCUUAACUCGAGGACCUGGAUCUCGAGGCAAUAAUUAUCUUUCACCCAAAGAUUCAUUGCUUUUAAACAAACACGUCUCGUCUCUAAACUUGCCUCUUCCGCCAGUCGUACAAAAAGCAACAUCUGCGACCUCGAACUCCCCCCCGGAUCCCCGAGCUCUCUUGAAACCAAAUAAUCUAUUUCACAAUUUCUCCCAAUCACCGUCGCCUGCGAUCCGACAGCGUGCGGCUUUUAUCAAACAAAACGCAUUCUGUCCCCAUCCAAGCCACCAACAGACACGAGUGCCGGUUUCUCCGCAUGACCCGGAAUCGCGCAAAAGCCCCUCCAAUGCUAGUCUUCCCCCAGCCCACUCGCACUUUGAGUGCCCGGAUUGUGGUAUCCCAAUCUACUGCUCCGAGGGACAUUGGAUGGAUGAUUUUGAAGCCCACUUGGAAGUUUGCGAGACUCUUAAGCAAAUAAAUGAGGACGACCAUGACCUACGCUCCGGACGGUUUUUCCCGGAAUUCGCGUAUCCUGGCCUACAGGAUGAGAACUUUGUUAUUAAUAUGACAAACUGGGAUACUUUUCUUUAUACCAGGGAGUUUGAUGCGAUCAAUGAUGAUCGAAGUAUGCGGCAAGUGACACGCAUGCUGACCUACCCACUUACGAUAGGUAGCGUGUUGCAUGAAUUAAGUCCGUAUAGUAUUAAGAAGGGUAGCAGGCUUACGGCUGAGGGUCUCAAAAGUGUAAGCGCGCUCCGUUACUCUCUACACCCGCCCAAGACGGGUGAGGGUGUCGAUAUCCAAGGUCUACGUGUGAAGGCACCCCCAGUACGGGUCUUUAUUUUAGGCGCACGUGCUGAAUCUUCCCUACCUCGCGAUGUGUGGCUCCAACUUAGCCACAUCUUCCCACGGUCUCUCAUUAAUCUCAUCUUCAUCGGCCCCGAAAGCAUGGCAAAUCGCGACGAGGAAUUCCCCCUUCCAGAAAGGACACCGGAGAACCCGUUCGGGGGAAUUGUUGAAGACAGAUUAGGCGGUCAGAUGAAAAUCACAACGUAUGUGGAUUACUUCCACACAAUGUAUAAAGCACAGUACUUCCAGCCGUUUGAUCCGUACCUGGACUGUGUUGUACUCUUCCAUCCCGGUCUUGGACACCCUGCCAGCUCCCAUGAGUGGGAAGAGACGCUGCCGCUGCUCCUUGAGACCAAGGUUCCCAUCAUCACUACCGGCUACACGCAGUGGGACAUGGAAAGGGACAUCAAAUGGGUGCGCGACAAGUGUGCAGGAGAGUUCGACAUUCUGCUCGAGCCUGGUGAGAAUAUUUUCCGAAGCUUAAGGUGGGAUCUUAAUGAUCUGGAUCCGCAUGAUGUCUCUUGCGGUAAUUGGGGACUAUGGGCGUUCAGGGGGAAGAGAUAUGAGGCAACAUUCAAGGACUCUUGA